CUAAUUUACCUUUGCGGCUUUGCUCUGUUAAUUGUUACCUAACCCCAUUGGAUUUUUAAAAUUAUUGGAGCAUUUAUUUACUUAAAAAAAAAAAAAAAAAAAAAAAAAAAAAAAACUAGAAAACUCUCAAUAAUUCAAAACAACCGUACCCCAAGGCAAAAGAUGCUGAUUACACGUUUUGGUCCAGACGAUUAAACUUUAUAAUUACCCAUCCAAUAAAUUUCACCUCCACAACAAAGGUAAAACAAAAAUCUCAGCAGCUUUAAUAACCCCUCCCAGUUCCAGUAGUAGAUAUGCUGGAAACUCCAGUGUUGUUGCAAAAUUCAAGCGAUGAUGGAGGAGGAGGAGGAGCUGCGGAGCUGAAGAAGAACAAUGAAGGCGGAGGAGAAGACGGUGAGUGGAAUUCAGGUGGGAACAGGUGGCCCCGUGAAGAAACACUGGCUUUGCUCAACAUAAGGUCUCAAAUGGACCUUGCAUUUCGUGACUCCUCCUCUCACAAAGCUCCUCUAUGGGAUGAAGUCUCCAGGAAAAUGGGGGAACUUGGAUAUCAUCGAAAUGCUAAGAAGUGCAAAGAGAAAUUCGACAACAUCUACAAGUAUCACAAGAGAACAAAGGAAGGCCGAUCUGGUAGUGGUAGACGACAAAAUGCCAAAAAUUACAGAUUCUUCCAGCACUUGGAGCUUUUUGACACCCACCACUCUUUAACCUCCCAUCAAAUCCAAAUCCAAAACCAAAAUACCCUGGAAAAACCAACCUUGGUAUCUCCUGCAACACCCCUCACAAUGUUAAAACCCACCACAAGCUUAACCCAAGAUCAUCUCAGAAUACAGCAGCCUUGCCAUACUCCAGGAGACUUCAGUUUGGACAUCAAUUCCACCUCCACAUCCGCCACCUCUUCUUCGUCAGAAGGGAUUGCUAAGAAGAAGAGGAAGUUGGGUGAUUAUUUUGACAAGUUGAUGAAACGAGUGCUAGAGAAGCAAGAGGGUUUACAUUGCAAGUUCCUUGAAGCAAUAGAGAAACGUGACAAGGAUCGGAUGGCAAGAGAAGAAGCGUGGAAGAGGCAAGAGAUGGAAAGACUGAAGAGAGAACAAGAGUCGAUAGCUCAGGAAAGAGGCAUUGCUGCAGCAAAGGAUGCAGCUAUUAUUGCCUUUCUGCAGAAGAUAACACAGCAACCUAUCCCUAUCCCUAUCCCUGUGCCGUUGCCUAUGAACCCGACUCCCAUAUCUCCUAAGUGUGUUGAGAAGCAAGAAAGUGUGUUAGAGAAAAAUAUUGCAGAUGGCAGCCGCAGCGAAGAUGUGGUGGAGAAAGGAAAUGACACGCAAGAGAAUGUAGCUGAGAGAAGUAGUGUUGAAAAGAGAGAGAAUGGUGGUUGUGGUGAGAGUAAUUCUGUGCAGACAAGCUCUUCACGGUGGCCUAGAGAAGAAGUGGAAGCUUUAAUUAAAGUUCGGACAAAUCUGGACUUGCAAUACCAAGACAAUGGAUCAAAAGGGCCAUUGUGGGAGGAGAUAUCAGCAGGUAUGAAGAAGUUUGGAUAUGAGAGAAGUGCAAAAAGGUGUAAAGAGAAGUGGGAGAACAUAAACAAGUACUAUCGGAGAGUAAAAGAAACACAAAAGAAAAGGCCUGAAGAUUCAAAGACGUGCCCUUACUUUCACUUGCUAGAUUCUGUGUAUCAAAGCAAGUCCAGGAGGGUAGAACAUAGAACUUCAGAGGUUCCUAAAUCCAAGGGAGAAAUGUUGGUGCAAAACCAGGAGGAGGAAGAUGGCGAAAGACCAAGUGUGGAUCAAAAUGAAGAAAAUGAUGAUGUGUAGCACCAAAUAGUUGGAAAUCCCCUCUUGCCUGCUGCAGAAAAAAGAAUGCAGUGAUGCUGCAUGAUUGCAUGAAGUUUUACGCCUAAGAGUUGUGUGAAAGAUUACAAUUGGUGCACAUAAAGCAAAGUGACAUCUUUCUUUCUAGUCUAGUCAUAUAAUAAUAAUGUAUAUGAAAUCAUAGUUUACUGGGUAAAUAGAGAGAGAGACAGAAGAUUAGCUCACAAGUAAUGAUGUGUGUUGUUGUAUUAAUAAAGACAUAAACAUGAUUGGGUUUUUUGAAUUGGAGGAUGAUAUGAGGGAGUACAAAUAAUAAUAAUUAUAAUGUGUU